GGGCCGUCCACGUCCGGUCGGGGGGGCAGGACUUCCGCGCUGGUUGCUAAGACACUCUCGCUGCGCUCCUUGACAACCCUGGCGGGGGUGCGCUAGCGGCGGCGGCGCCCGGGCCCCGGCGGGAGCAGCUCCCCUGCUGGACUCUCUGCUCCCCAGGCUGGCAGGGCGGCCCGGGGGGGCGGCGUGAUUGCCAGGGCCGGCGCCUCCCGACGCCCUAGGUGGAAGGACCAUGGGGGAAACGGAGGGGAAGAAAGAUGACGCGGAUUACAAGCGGCUGCAGACCUUCCCCCUGGUCAGGCACUCGGACAUGCCCGAGGAGAUGCGCGUGGAGACCAUGGAGCUGUGCGUCACGGCCUGCGAGAAGUUCUCCAACAACAACGAGAGCGCCGCGAAGAUGAUCAAGGAGACGAUGGACAAGAAGUUCGGCUCGUCCUGGCACGUGGUGAUCGGCGAGGGCUUCGGGUUCGAGAUCACGCACGAGGUGAAGAGCCUCCUGUACCUCUACUUCGGGGGGACACUGGCCGUGUGUGUCUGGAAAUGCUCCUGACCCCGUGGAACGCCUGGAUUUUUGGAGUCUGGGGGCUGCGGACCCACGUCCCCGUUUCCCGCACUGCACCCCAUGUGUGACUCGGUGGCCCUUCCCUGUCACCGUCCCCCGGGGCUCGGCCCUGCGGCGCUGACUCCCAGGGGACCCCGGGGCACAGAGGGGGCAGGGGGAGGGGGGAGCUGGUCUUUUCCCCACAGGCCAUCUGCUUCGGGGGUGCCUGCCCCCAGGGCCCAGGACCCCUGUCUGAUCGCCCCCUGCACUGCUGACAAGGGUCCACUCUGGUGGGUCCCAGCCAUACCCUCCAGGGACACGGUGACCUCCCCGGGAGCUCCUUCCCCGCCCUGGGCAGGGGCGCGGGCACUGCCCAUCAGGGACGCAUCGCGACUUUGUACUUCUCGUCUCCGCUGGCUUUUCUAGACCUUUUUGAGUGUGGGGAGCGGGUUUUGGUAGAGGGGCCCUGUUUUACUGUGGGCUUAUUUAUACGGACGUCUCGGUUUUUACAAUUAAAGUCACAAAAAUUGGCCUCGA